AUGUUUGCCAAAGAGUUCAAAGGAACCCCGAUUGAGACAUCCGAGCUGCUCGGGAAGGCAACGGUACCCGCAGACUUGACCAUGGAAGCACUGAAGGAGGAGGUCCCACUCCUCUCGGGAGUUGUAAACGGCGACUCCAGUACCAUUCUGAAGGCGCUCUUGGAGGAACACAAAGGACGGGAGUAUGAGGUUUGGCCGAAGUUGAUGUCGGAAUGGCUGCUGCGGAACUUUGAUGGCCUCGACAGCCUAGAGGCCUACAUGGCCUUAGAGGAGGACUUGAAGCGCAUCAGGGAGGACAACCCUCAGCUGGAGAAGAAGCGAUUUCUGACCCCACGGACAGACAAGCCACGAACCUUCAUCAUGAAUGGUUGCUCGCUGGCGCCUCUGAAGUACGAAGCUUCCAAUGACAACGUGGUGUCCUUUCAGAUGUGCCCUGACUUCACCGGCAGCCCCUUCUAUCCCCAGAACCAGCAGGUGAAGUACAGCAUGGCGCCCAUGUUGCCCUGCAAGGACUUUGGGCUCUCUGGCCUUCGCAGCCUGAACCGAACCAUGGGUGGAGGCUUUACCGAGACCUUUGCCUUCGGUGGUGCGGCUCCGAAGGAGCAGUCUGGAGGCCAGAAGUGUGUCUUAAAAGAGCCCAGCAGCCCCUUUGCGCUGCCCUAUGCCGUCGGCAUCAGCAGCUGGGCAGCCGGAGGAGCUUUGAACCAGGUUCGGAUUUUGGGGAAUGUGCUGAACAUUCGCAGGGACUAUUGGCCCGUCACCUCA